AUGUCUGUCUAUAGUGGAUUUGGAACACGGUCACAAGAGACAUCUUAUAAUGCAUUCCUGUUUAGACUCCUUCAUGCUUGACAAUCUAAAGUUAAGCAAUGAUUGUUAAUAAUUGAUCAACUUGGAAAGAUGACGAAUCAUAAAUAUGCUACGAUCGAGAAGCUUGCUUUUCAAGAUAAUUUUCAAGUUUUAUUUAUGAAAUUAUAUACGAAGGUCGCUGAUCUGGAGCAAGUUAAAUAUCUCCCUCCUAAAUUUUCAUUAAGUGUCAAAGAUCUUUGAUUGUUUUUGAACACUUCUUUAUCAGAGAAGCCUAAAGACGAUCUCUCUGAGAUAUUAGAAGGACAAAGUAUGGAAAUCAUCAGCCAAGCAAGCAUGGCAUUUGAUCAUCAAGUUUCUGAGUUAGAAGAGCAAACAAAUCGACAGAAAAGCUAUGAAUCUAAAAUUGAGCCUUCUUUCGAAAGGACCUCUCAAAUCCCUUCUAAAAUUUCCAAAAACAAGCCAAAUCUAGGAAAGAAGACCAAGCUAAAAUUCCCCUUUCUGACAAACCUAUCCAAAUCCUUUGACAAAUCCUGCCCAAAUUCUCCAAAAUCCCCUUCUCAUCCAGCUGAACCUAGUUCAAACUUUGAACCACAGAAGCCAGAAAUUUGAUCAAAUUCUAAAAAUACUCAAAAAUCUCAAAUUUCCCAAAAAUCUUCAAAGUCAGUUUCAACAGAUCCUUUGGAGAACCCGAGAAUCACAAAGCCUAAGAAGUUCAAGAAUCCUUCCAAGAUGUUGAGCUGUAAAGACCGAAUGAGGAACACCGCUAAUGUCUUCUACAGAAUAACUGAAGAGGAUAACGAAUCUAAUGAAGAAGUGGAAGCUAAAAGUUCACACAAGGCCAAAGCUCCCAAAAGUACACAUAUUACCCCAAAAGCCAGUCUGAGAAGUUACUCUAAUCAAGGAGGUGAUGUUGGAGGCACAAAGUCAAUGCAAAAUGAGUUAGAUACUAUAGAUAAUGACCCGAAUACCCCUUUGUAUUAUGAAAAGGAUCAAAACCAAGAUUAUAUUAAUCAGAAUAUCAAACUUUCAAGAAAGAUUAACAAGAAAAGAGAUAAAGAUGCCUUGGAUUUAAUAAACGGAUAUAAUGAAAUGAAGAAAAGUAGCGAUUCAAGCUCAGUUAUGAAGAAAACUAUUCAUUCAGAAAAAUCAUCUUAUAAAGAUAAAAAGAAUGCCAGCAAUUCUAUAGAAGCAAAUGAUUUCCAACUUAUGAAAAAUAAAGAGCUUUCAGAGAGAUUAACGACAAUUGAUAAGCUAAACAAAACCUCCUAUGGAAAAUAAAUUCUUAGAUAUAAAACAUUUUGAAGGUAGAAAAAGAUCAUACCCAAAACCAAGCAAGCUCUUCAACGAUUCAACUAUCUCUCAAAACUCUUCCAACCAAGAAUCAUCCUUCAGAAAACCCCGAUUACCAAACCACAUCACCAACGAGUAUAAUGACGGAUACCAAAAAUGCUCUCCCAAAAUAAUCUUCUCUAAUUCACCUAAUCGUCCCUUCAAAGAUCUGCACCAAACUGGAUCUUCUCUUUCUUCUCUAAACCCAUUACCCCAACAGACCAAGUACAAGAAUUUCAAGGGCUUCAGCCCAGCUAGGCCUGCGGCCAAGCAAGGGAUGAAUACAUUGACAAGGAUGUUUAUCCAUAAGAAGAAAUAAAACCAGCUGGGCCUUUGGCUUCAUAUAAUCAUCAUUGUGGCAUUCACACCUAUUUCAAUCG